AUGAUGUCGAGUUCUCCGUCAGCCGUAAUCGAAGAUUUCGCAUAUCAACAUUCCUCUCCGCUUUCAUUGCGCCAACAGCGACUCCCAACUUCGCCCGAUCAAGUCUCAGAGCCACACGACUACAACUUCUCGGGCGCAGUGUACGAUGAGGGUACCUCAGGUACAGACUCGGAGAAUCAGACGGCAACAGAAAAUGAUGAAGAGGAGGAACUGUUAGACAUUGACCGACGUGCCUCGGGCUGCUCUUCAAUCUCGUCGUUUCCUGCGUCAGUAUCGCACCAGGUGCCGUCGAGAACAAGUCACUAUGGCAGCUCAAGGACGCCUACAAAGCGGGAUUUGGUUGGGUCACAUGGUGUGUACAGCUCUGAAGGACCAGGCUAUCCAGCAAGGUCGCCCAGGGCAUUCCCAGAAUACCAAUCGCCCUUCCGACAUCCCAGCAGUGUAAGGGCUCUGCAAAUGAGAGAUGAAGUGAUGAGCGAUACGCGGAGCGUGCUAAGACACAGGCGAAGCGGCUCUCAGAUGUCUUCAUACAGCGCCAGAAGCUCGUAUUCGACACCUAGUUCUCCUGCCAAACGCACGACCCGCUCAAAUCGCUCAUCACCUCAGAAAACCACCAGCAGUCUCCGAAAAGAGUUCCCACUUGUUCUACUUCAUUGCACCAUGCUGCCUCCAACUUUGCUAUCACAAGCUAUGGCUCAUGAAGAUUCUCUCAUUUGCGAGUUGCUUCCUGAAGAGUAUCAGAAGAGAUGGCACCAUCUGCGAGACAAAUUGGUCGAAGAUGUCGAGAUCAAAACCAGAGGAAUUCUCAUCGCACAUCCUCGCGAUGACUACGAGCUCCUGGAAGAACGCCUUCUCGAGAGCUUGGACCUUGAACGGCCUCGCAUAAGGCAUAAUCAUUAUUUCCCGCACGAUAGUACCGGGACUGAUAGUGGAUUUGAAAGUGGCAGUACUACUAGCGACGACAACGACGACAACGGCCCGAAUGAUACCAAAUGCCCUGACUGUGGCAGGAAGUUGAGAGCAGACGAGACUCCGCGAAAAUGGGAAGUCAAGGUAUUUGCUGCCAACGGACUGCUGAAGGCAGGAGCCUGGGGAGCUGCGUGGCAAGAAAUGGAAAAGGUUGACGUGGAAGUCAGGGUUUGGCUGCCAGAAGACAUACGGCGGGAUCUAGAGGCCAAAAUCGCCCUCAUCGACGCUAUCCCCGGUGGCUCUGAAAGCAACGCCGGCCAGUCUGAAGUUCCAACUGCUCGUGACAGGGAAGUCUAUGGUGCAAGCGGGAGGUCCAGGAGUCAAUCUGAGAUCGAUGGCUUUUUUGAACAGCCCGCACCAACCACGAUGCCAGAGCCACGACCUCCGGUGCCUCAGGCGGUACCUGACCCAGAUGAUCUUGGAAAAUUGAUGGUUGCUGCGGUUCAAAAGUUCAGUCAUGAGCGGCGAAACCUGCUAGUGAUGAUCUUAAGUGGGCUGUUGCUUUUGUUCGCGAUGAGGCCAAGGACAUCUCCAGAAGGACAACGCCCAGGACUGUACGAUCCAUCAUCGGCUUAUAUGGCAGAGACCUUGACGACCACGGUCACGACCACCAGGAUUGCGGUUGCCACUGCCACUGCCACUGCCACAGUAACAACGUCUAUCCUUGCACCACCUUUGCCCGUGGCCCCUGGUCCUCCGGAGGAUGUAACGUCCUCCUUGGCGAUAAAGGACGACGACAGUGUCUCGUGGGAAGCUUUGAACGGCACACGGUCGACAAUGCGUCCCGAUGGGGAUGCCCCGGUGGUCGAUGCGAAUAUAUCAUCCUCGACUUCAACCUCGUCGAAUCCGGCAAAGCCAACCGCGAGGUCAGAGGAGAUAUCGGUGGAGACUAAGAGUGCAGAUUCGUCACAAGGAGAGAAUGGCGAUGGCGAUGGCGAUGCAGAUGAAUAUACGCAGACGUCGAGCGUGGUGGCGGAAGCUGAAACGGCGAUGAAAGAGCUCGAACCAGGAUCCAAUUCCAAUUGA